GCGUCACUUCCGGUCUACUUCCUGUUUAUGUUCUACGUGCAGCACCUCAUAGAAUGAAAUAUUUCGGCUACGGUCUGAGUCGUGAAAGUGAGCAAACGCAUGUCUCGGAUCAGGACCACGCUGGACAGCGUAACCAAGGCAGUAGGCAGCACCGACCUCAUCUCCAAGUUCUCCCGCCUCAAGCCUGGUGGCGUCGCAGUCGGUAGCACCAAUGCGGAAAAAGCCGAACCCGUUAUGAAAGAGCAGGACGGAGGUGAGAAGAACACAGCAGAGGAAGAGUUGGACAAGCAAAGUCACCAAGUCAUAGAAGGUCCUUUUGUUGCCACCAAUAAGUCAGCAUCCGGUUUAGCUAAAGUGUCUGCCCCAGGCUCGUCCACCACUGGGGCCAAACCAUCUACGCAGCUGUUUCACCCGACUGGUCUUUCAACCAACAUGGACGAGACCUACAACACUCUGGCGCAGCACAUCAAUAGUUACUUUGGCACCAACACACAGGGAGAGGAUGAAGAACACACACCAGUGCAGCAGGACAGAGGAGGCGAUGUUCCCGUCUCCGAGCCUGUUCCUCACCCUGCCCCUCGGAGAACAGGGGAACACACUCUUAUUUUGUCUCCGGUGGCGGAGGCCAAGAACAUUGAACCACUAACUACCUCUCCAUCAGAAAAGCACAGUCCACCAGUGGGGGUGCACUCCUCUGACACCCCUGCAACAGAAAACAUAGCUCAACCCAUCCCAGUGCCAACUACCUCUGCUAAAAAGGGCUUCACCCGCUACCUGUCCUACCCUCGGCCCAGCGUUCAGGCUUUUGUUGGCAACUACAUUGCACCACUGGUCCCAAAAUUUAGAAGUGAGUCCAAAAGCGCUGCAGCCGAGAAAGAAAAGGCUGCGGCAGUCGCUGUGGGAGAACCCGCUGCUGAGAAAAGAGAGGAGAAGACAGAUGUUGAGGAGAAAACGGAGGAAAGGAAGCAGGAGCUGUUGACUCAGAGGCAGAAGAUAAUUGCCAGGGUUAGUGUAGACAACAGGACCAGAACUCUGGUGAAAGGCCUGCAGAGGGUCACGGACGCCAAACUCCUUACCAAUCGCGUGGAGGAACUCAGCCAUCAUCUCCAGGAGUUCCCGGAGACACGAGGUGUAGCUAUCAAGGCGAGUGCGUUGCCCUGCCUGCUGCGAUUGCGCCAGGCCAGAGACCUUCCUCUCCAGUCUGCUGUGAGAGAAGCUCUGGCUCUGGUCGGCUACACAGAACCAGUCAAAGGCAGAGGAAUCAGAGUCCUGGCCAUCGAUGGAGGAGGGACCAGGGGACUGUUGGCACUUCAAACUCUACGUAAAUUGCAGGACAUGACCGGGAAACCAGUCCACCAGCUCUUCGACUACAUCUGUGGAGUCAGCACAGGUGCCAUCUUGGCCUUCAUGUUGGCCAUGUAUCGAAUCCCCCUAGACGAGUGCGAGGAGCUGUACAGGAAGUUGGGCUCGGAUGUGUUCAAGCAGAACGUAAUCGUCGGAACCGUCAAGAUGGGCUGGAGCCAUGCUUUCUACGACAGUGAAAUCUGGGAAAACAUCCUCAAGGAACGGAUGGGUGAGGGGCAUAUGAUUGAGACUGCCAGGGACCCAGACUGCCCAAAAGUGUCAGCAGUGAGCACCAUUGUUAACAGGGGAUUACCUCUGAAGGCCUAUGUGUUCAGGAACUACAGACUCAUGCCCGGAGUGAGGUCCCACUACCUUGGAGACUGCCAACACAAAAUGUGGCAGGCCAUCAGGGCCUCGUCCGCUGCUCCGGGCUACUUCCAGGAAUUUGUCCUGGGAAAAGACCUUCACCAGGAUGGAGGACUCUUGAUUAACAACCCCACAGCGUUGGCCAUCCACGAGUGCAAGUGUCUGUGGCCCAACACGCCUCUGCAGUGCGUGUUGUCUCUGGGCACCGGACGCCACGAGACGGCGGGCAAGAACAACACGACCUACACCAGCCUGAAGACCAAGCUGUCCCACGUCAUCAGCAGCGCCACAGAUACAGAGGAGGUGCACACCAUGCUGGACGCCCUCCUGCCCCCAGACACCUACUUCCGCUUCAACCCCUACAUGAGCGAGGACAUCCCGUUGAACGAGAGCCGCAGCGAGAAGCUGAACUUCCUCAAGGGGGAGGGCGAGCGCUACCUGGAGAGAAACGAGGCCAAGCUGAGGAAGGCGGCGAGCGUGCUCUGCCAGGAGAAGGGCACUAUCCAGAGGCUGGCCGAGUGGGCCAAGCUGAAAACCGACAUGUACGAGGGUCUGCCCUUCAUCUCCAAGCUGUAGUGGUUAGCCUGGCAACAGAAAGACCACAUAAGCGUUUUUAAAGGUAGGAGGACC